UACUAGAGCCGGGCUGGUCAUUGAUUAUACGCGAGCGUUAGUGAAUAACGUCCACUGCAAUAAUAUAAAAAAUAUUUAAUUUGUGCCAUAAAUGUGAUUUAAAUAAUUAAAAAUGUCUAUACUACUAACUCAAGUGUUAAAUCCCCAGACAAUAAUAUUUGUUGCGGUAACAGUUAUUUACACAAUUCUGUGGUUCCGAUAUAAAUUCACGUAUUGGUCGAAAAGGGGUGUCGUCGGUCCGAAACCGGAGUUUAUUUUUGGAAAUAUUAAAAAAGUGAUUAAAAGGGAAGAACAGUUUUUCCAGCCGUACUAUGAUAACUACUUUAAGUAUAAACACCUGCCGUAUAUUGGCAUGUACUCCUUCCAUCAACCUGUGUUGUCUAUACAUGAUCCAGAUAUAGCCAAGCUGAUGUUGAUAAAGGACUUUGAUAGUUUCCAAUCGCGGGGCACGUAUGCCGGUGGUGUUGGAGACCCACUAGCGGCGAACUUGUUUAAUAUCUUUGGGAAAAGAUGGAAAACCUUGAGGUUGAAGAUGACUCCAACCUUCACGCCUGGUAAACUGAAGACAAUGUACCCGAUCGUCGAGGAUAUAGCCAAGCAAGCCUUGAACUACGUGGAUGUGUUGCACUCUAAUGAAGAGACGGUGAAUUUCACUGAUUUCUAUUCCAAGUAUGCGAUGGAGAUUAUCGGGAAUGUUGGUUUUGGUGUGGAAUGUAAUGGUUUUGUAAAUCCCAAGUCCGAGUUUUAUAUAAGAGGACAUGAAUACUUUGACCAUCAGUCUCAUUACUGGAGACUAAUUCGCGCGUUUGCAUUUUUCGCGCCCGACACGUUUGACAGUUUGAAGAUCAGACGAAUCAGUUCGAAAAUUGAGAAUUUCUUCUGUGGCAUUGUCAAGAGGACAGUGGAGUACCGGCAGAAGCAUUCUGUUACACGAAACGAUUUCUUACAAACUCUUAUUGAAUUAAAAAAUGGCCACGUUGUUGAUGAACAAGGCGAAAUCAAAUAUUCAAAAACAGACUUCCCAUUCACAAUGACUGAUGUAGCAGCCAAUACCAUGCUGUAUAUGAUAGCUGGUUACGAGACCUCAGCCACUACUGGCCAGUUUGCAGCCUACCAGCUGGCUCUGAACCCUCACAUCCAGGCCAGGGUGAGGAAGGAGGUGGACACGGUACUCGCCAAGUACGGAGGCGAGUGCACAUACGAAGCUCAGAACGAAAUGGUCUAUUUGAAUAUGGUUUUGGAUGAAACGAUGCGGAUGCACCCAUCAAUGCGUGCCCUAUUCAGGAGAUGUAACAAAGACUAUAAACUGCCAAACAGUGACCUGGUCAUAGAAAAAGGCACGAUGGUGUUCAUACCGAUACAUGCGAUACAUAUGGACCCAGACAUCUUCCCUGAGCCAGAGAAAUUCGACCCAGAAAGGUUUUCACCAGAGAACAAAGCCAAGUUACAUCCCUGCCAUUGGAUGCCGUUUGGAGAAGGACCAAAGAAAUGUUUAGGAAUAAGACAAGGAUACAUACAGUCAAAGAUGGCUUUGAUAAAGGUGCUACACAAGUACGAACUGAUAUUGGAUCAGCGGACAGAGGUGCCAAUGAAGAUAAAGAACUCUUCACUUGUGUAUGCAGCUCAAGGCGGAGUAUGGCUGAAGCUUAGGAGUUUGGAGUCAUAAAACUUGAAGAUGAAUAGAAAGAUACCUAUGAAGGUAUAUAUGAACAUGAUAUCUUCUUUUGUGGAAGUCAAGAUUAUUACUUUAACAAUGAUGAGUCUUCUAGAAGCAAAGAGUGGCAAAGGCAUGUUAAACAAUAAGUUAGAUCCGAUACCUGAUUUGCUGUACUAAAUUAUAUUCAAAGACAAGGCAGAUAUAGAUAAACGAACAAAAAUCAUCGAAAAGAAAACACCUGUCCCUAAGUGAAUGGAAACGAGAGCAGAAGAUAAAUUAGACAAAAAAGGUUACAUUAAACUUUUAACCUUUAAGAAUUAGCAAAUCAUAGAAGGUCAUAUCAUAAUUUGCUUUACUUUAUCAUAAUGUGCGGUGAAAUUCGAAGUCUCAAGAAUCCACGUGGUAGAAGUCACAGAUGAUUAUUUGUAAUCAUCAAUAUGUAAGUGUAUUGGCAAAUAACGAUCAAGUUCUAACUAGUAUUGAGUAUAAGGCCGGGUGACGUUGCAUCUAGGCCAUUUGUGACGUCAUACGAAGCAUUCAUAGAAGAUUUUAUCAAAGUUUUGCAUUCAAAAACGUUUUACUUCUUGAAGACAUUUGUCAGUGAUAAUGUUUAAAAUAUUUUAGAAAGGACGCAGAUAAACUACAGGACUGAUUGAGAAAUGUAUGUUUAGAUAGAUUUUUAUUGAUAACAGGUACUUACUAAGAUGUGUCUUAAGGUUUUUAGUAAUAGAUACUAUUUAAUGCAUUGAGAUAAACCAUUUAAUGACUGUAUUUUUAAGUAAAAUAUAAAUAGUGUACGUAAAUUGUUUACCUU